UGCUUCUCUUGGAUCGCAGAUUUGUAGAGUUGGUUCCAGACUAUACAGCUUCCAUUGGACGCAAUCCUUUGUUUAUUUCAUUUUCCUCCGUUUCUCUUGCUUAAGGUCAAUUCCUUCAUAUGGAAAAAGAGUAUGAUUUUUCUUCUGAGGCCGCCAUUGAGCAAUUCCCUCUUCUGUAGAUUUCUUGCCCAAUUGCUUACGCGUUCAAUUCAAAGCAGGAAAAGUACCUUGUGCAGCAGUAACCCAGAAGCUGUACAGACAGGGUUAUUUACAGGGACCUCAGUAAUUUUCACCCAUUAAUCGUAGAGAGGGGGCUAAUGCCUGGCAACAACCCUGUGGUUUCCAGUUUCUAUCUUUAGGAGCAGCAAUUCUUGCUUAUGAUUCUGCCAAUGCUUGCGGUGUGCAGGCUCUACUUUACCCAUGUGAAAUUGGGAAACCCGGCAAAGGAAUUCUUUGUCCAGAUUGACACUGGCAGCGAUAUACUGUGGGUAACUUGCAGUCCUUGUACUGGUUGCCCGACAUCAAGUGGACUCAAUAUCCAGUUGGAGUCCUUCAGCCCUGACACUUCAUCAACAUCAUCCAGAAUAACAUGCUCUGAUGAUAGAUGUACAGCUGCACUCCAAACAGGGGAAGCAGUCUGCCAAACCUCGGAUUCCUCAAGCAGCCCUUGUGGGUACACUUUCACCUAUGGUGAUGGAAGUGGGACAUCAGGUUACUAUGUGUCUGACACCAUGUAUUUUGAUACUGUCAUGGGAAAUGAGCAGACUGCCAAUUCGUCUGCCUCUAUUGUUUUCGGAUGUAGCAACUCACAGUCAGGAGACCUGACAAAGGCAGAUAGAGCUGUUGAUGGGAUUUUUGGGUUUGGACAGCAUCAGUUGUCUGUCAUCUCACAACUGAAUUCACUUGGAGUGUCCCCUAGGGUGUUUUCUCACUGCCUGAAAGGUUCUGACAACGGUGGUGGCAUUCUUGUGCUUGGUGAAAUUGUGGAGCCAGGCUUAGUCUAUACCCCACUGGUUCCAUCACAGCCUCAUUACAACUUGUAUCUGGAAAGCAUCGCUGUCAAUGGUCAAAAGCUACCCAUUGAUUCCUCCUUGUUUACAACGUCAAAUACACAAGGAACAAUUGUGGAUUCAGGAACAACAUUGGCAUACCUUGCAGAUGGAGCCUAUGAUCCAUUUGUUACUGCGAUAGCUGGUGCAGUCUCUCCAUCUGUACGCUCUCUUGUCAGCAAAGGGAACCAAUGCUUUCUUACUUCCAGCAGUGUCGACUCAUCAUUUCCAACCGUGACCCUUUAUUUUAGGGGUGGUGUUGCGAUGACGGUUAAGCCAGAGAACUAUCUUUUGCAGCAGGCUUCAGUUGACAACAAUGUAUUGUGGUGCAUUGGUUGGCAAAGGAACCAGGGCCAAGAAAUAACUAUACUCGGAGAUCUUGUCUUAAAAGAUAAGAUAUUCGUGUACGACUUGGCGAACAUGCGCAUGGGCUGGGCUGAUUACGACUGUUCGAUGCCGGUGAACGUCACCACAUCGUCAGGGAAGAACCAGUACGUGAACACUGGGCAGUACGACGUGAACGGCUCCACGCGGCGCGCGUCGUACAAGAGCUUGAUACCAGCCGGGAUCGCCGCCAUGGUUGUGCAUAUGCUCGUUUUCGGUGGCGGCGUCUCGCGUAGAUAGCAGUGCAGGCAGGGUUACUGACAAUGUGAUUCGAUUCUUUAUUGCGUUGGUGUAUUCAGAGCUGAGAGACGCCGCCGUCUCUGCUGCCCCUAGUCAGUCGUCAGUUCCACGGGCGGAGAAGAGCUGCCGUGACCUGAGCAUUCUUACUGUACAUCCGGUUGAUUAAAACCCGCCCCCGUUUGCUGCCUCCUCCGCGCUCCCCGCCAAAAAGCGGACGCGUGUUGAGUCGCGCGAGCCCCGGCUGUUAUGCUAAAAAGCCCUUUAAUAUUCCAGAAAUUACAACUAAACCAAACUCAUCCCUGCAGCACAGUACGCACGUUCUUUUUUUUCAAAUAGACCCCCAAACUAAUAUUUAUUUCUACACAAAGAAGAAGAAAUCUGAUAAACUGUCAUUUUUGCAAACUCCCCCUCGAGGCACUUUUGCAUUGACCCCCUCCCACCGUUCCCAACCCUAGCCCCAUCACUCUCCUCCCCGCCGCCGCCCUCUCCCUCUCUGCUCUCUUCCUCCCCGCCGCCGCCUCCCCUUCCUUUCCCUUCCCUUCUCCCUCUCUGAGCUCCUCGACGUGCUGCGGGAGGCCAAGUGCAAUGCCGUGAGGCUCCGCGUGCUGCAGGAGCAGAAAGAAGCUGCCGCCAACCAUCCCCCAAGGCCCGCGGCCGCCCUCCCCGUCGCCCGUCGUCCUCGCAAGGCCGCGGGCCGCCCUCCUCGCCGGCCGUCCACGCCAGCCACCCUUCCCGCGUUGGCCUCCGCGGCGGAGGCCUUGGGCUUGUCGCGGAUGGCGCGGCUGCCCCGGCGCUCGCGGCAGAGGGACGCGAGGAUGGAGCAGCCGGAGCCUUCGAGCGUGAUGGCGGCAGCGGGGCCGCGCGAGUGCUGCCCAGAUCUGGCGGCCACGACGGCCUGCAGCUUCUUGACGCCAAGCAACGGCUGCACUGUGACGGUGCCGAGGUAGACGCUGCGAGUACCACGGUGGGUUUGACCCUAUUAGCAGGGCCACCGGGUAUGGAGAUGGCCUGGCUGUUCAUGGCCUACCGCCGCACAGUGUUUGGCGCGACGACACCUAUGCUGAGGCGUUCGGGUGGAUCCGGAGAAAGUGCUUCAAGCCGAGAAGCAAGCGGCUGCUGACCGAGCUCAACGAGGGCUCCGAUCCAACCAAAGUAAAGUUUGAGACAUGCAUAUCCAGCAGUUGUCAGAGAUAGACCAUGGAAACAAGGGCGGAUUGGGCUUCAAAACCAAGUCUGUCUCGUCCCUGCGUCCGGCUGCUUCUGCAGAGGUUCCAUCAGUAAGCAAAGCCGUGUCGCCGAGAUGCACAACCCCAUGUUUUCAAGUCGUCCGAUUAAUCGCGAUUAAUCGCCCAGGUCGGUUCUCCAAGUCCGACCAGCACCACCGACCCGACCAGAGCGACCAGAAACCUGGUCGUCCGAUUAGUCGUCCACUAAUCGCGAUUAGUCGGUCGACCAGGGCAUUUCUCGACCAGGGCAGCAUGAAGGUUUCUCACUUUCUCCUAACAACUUCAUUUUUUUGUUUCAGCAGCAGGGAUUCAGCAAGAAGAAUAUGGAGUUUUGGACAAGAAGCUGGAGUUCUGGAGAGCAAAUAUCAAAAGUAAGUCACCAAAACCUGCAGAAUUGCUUGCUGUAUACUAUAUUGUAUAUAUAUAUAAUUAUAUAUACACUAUAUAGUAUAUACUGAACAUGUAGACAUAUGGACGAUUAGGGAACGACCAGGCUCGACCAGGCUCGACCAGGUCGACCUGGUCGUCGACUAAUCGCGAUUAAUCGCCUAGUCGGUCCCUAGGCGACCAGGACCGACCAGCCGAUUUGAAAACAUUGGCACAACCUCUCAGAUAUAAGGUGGUGGAGUGUUGUUUCCCUUGCUAUCCUCUAGAUUUGUGUGCCUAGGUAAUAGGAGCAAGAUCAAUGAAUGCGAAUAUGGAGGUUCUCCGGAGCCUGAAACUGGUGUCGACGAAAAAUGAGAAUAUCAACAAGGGCUAUUCAGUCCUCUUUGUAUUGGAUAGUAUCUAAAUCAGUUGAAGCUUCAAGUGCAGGGGUACCCAAAGGAGCAGAUCCAAAAACGACUUAAAAAUUCUUGGGAUCAGUCCAAUUCCCAGGUCUCUUUGAUCAUCUUUUAGUAAGCGACGAUGACCUUGAAACUUGCUAUGAAAAAUUUGAAGGUAAUUCAUGCAGAUCAUUGCUACCUUGCCUAUCCUUUUUACAAUGCAAGAUUCCAAUUAUGAUCCUCAUCUUUUCUGAAAAAUUAUUAUUGCAACCCCUGUAGAAGUUGCUUUCUCCAGAUGAUGAUUAGAAAGAUUCGGAUGAUCUUUGUAAAGUCUAUGAACUUUGAUGCUUGCACGUUCUACUGAUGCUUCCGUGUAUGUUUUCUAAUAGCAAAUUUUAUUUUUAUCAGUUAUCAUGGCUGGCAAAGUAAACCCCAAGUUACUCUCUAUCGUUUCCAAAAAUGACUCAGAAAUAUAGUUGUGAGUGAGAGAUGAAGCAAAAACUGAAGCUACAAGCUUGUUAGAUGAUGAGUAGAAGUUGAUCAUUCUCUGUCCGUUUGGGUUUGGUCUUCGGGAUGGAGGAGUUGUCGUGCUGCUGCUUGUGAUUUGUGUGCUUGAGAGGAGCUGCUGCUUGCUUGCAGUGGAGAAAAGAAGCAAUCCUUAGGCGAGGUUCUGAUUGGUGUCUUGAUAAGAUACACUAUAAGCAUAAAGUCCCUUUCAUGCCAUUCUUCAGAUCCUGGCUAGAGGUGAGAUAGCUGACUUCUUCAUUGGUCCGAGGAAUACUGAUGCCAUCACGAUUUUAAGUGGAAAGUCACAUCUAUCUGCGCUGGUGUUAGUGCUUCUGCUGGCCAUGUUGGACGAGUAGCUGAGGCUUCUGCUGGUGAUGGCUAUGCUAGAAAAGAAGUGAGAUCAGAUGUAGAUAAUGAAUUCAGAGAUACAUAUUCAGAUUUAAUUUGUUGAAUAUCAAAUUUAUAUUUGUAAAUAUUAAUAUUUAAAGUGUUGACUGAAGCGCUAUGCCCAGUCUUAGGGCAUGUAGUUUGUCACGUUUUGUUCGUUUCUA